CUGCCAGUCUGAAUAUUUUGAAUUCAGUGUUUUUAGACAAAAAUAAAUGAUUAACCAAAAUUAUAGGGUUCUUGAGGUACACUGGCCAGCACUUACUUAUUGUCUCUUCCAGCAGGUCACAGCUGAGUCCUGCAGGCAGCAGCUUAUCCAAGUAUGGCUCGUUUGGAAGGGUCCCUGCCCAGGGGUCUCAGGUAUUGCAGUGUGAGGCCAGCUUUGGACAAGUUUUCAUGUUCCACUGUCAUGUCCACAGUAAAUCCCUGCUGCAGGAGUUCUUUUGUUGUGUACCCUGCCUGGAUUGCUGAGCACCUCACCCUCCAGAGGUGCCAAUGGAUCAGCCACUGCCUCCCCUCCCCUGGCCCAGCAUGGAAGAGCCUUGGGGAAUCAGGAGGGACAGACAGCAAUGUGCCUGUGCUGGCUAGAGGGGAACAAGAUGGAUUUUAUUACCCUGGUAGAGUAAAAGAGGAGAUAGAGAGUGAAAAAGGCAUGUUCCUGGUGUUUGCCAAACCACUUGUGUCACGUGGAAGGCAUCCAGUGUGUGUGCAAAAAACAGCACAGGGUGACAUCCUGGAAUAUGUGAAUGGGAUGAAGCACUCCUUGCUCCCUGGAGACAGAGUGCUGGCACCCUGGGAGCCAGAUAGGGCCAGGUAUGGCCCAGGAACUGUCCUCAGAGGCAUUGAGACAAGGGAUCCCUUACGAGCCUCAGAAGAUGAGGAAAUUACAGUCCAGUUCUGGAAUGACAAUCAAGUGAAAGUCCCCCGUGGUGUGGCUCUGUGGAUCCCUCCCAGCCUGUGGGAGAGGAUUGUGGAGAUGAUGCACAUGCCCUUCACCAGCAGGGUGAAGCCCAGACCAAGCCAAGACUCUGACUCUUGCAUUUUUCCCUGCAGUCCCAAGGCAGCCCUGAUUCCUGUUUGUGCUCUGUGUAGCCUUGCCAAGCACUGCUUACUCUGCUCUCCCUGCUGGCUACAUUCCCACCACCACUGUGCUGGUGGAAUCUGCUGCUCACCAGCCUGGGCAAGGUGCAUCUGCUGCAGCCAUCCCUGUGCUGCUGCCUGGUGGCCUCUUCCCUCCAGGUCUCUGGUCUUUCAGGACAAAGCUGAAGAGGCAGAGUGCAGCAGUGAGCUCUCUCCAGGCCUUCUAGAACUGAAAGGCACAAAACAAGGAGAAGCUGCAGCUGUGGCAACGUCUUCUUCCUCUUCUGGUUCAGAGAGGGACCUGAAGCCAUCCCCCACUAAGGGUACUGUGGGGGACAGUGCUGUUAACACAGGCUCCACCUGUCUUGAAAAGCCCAGGCCGAGGAAUUCUGUAAGACCUGAAGGGGAAUACUGGAAAAGAAGCCACAACAAGUCCCAUUCCAGUAACUCAGGUACCUUCAAACAGCCCCACAGGAAAGAAGCUGUCAGAGGGAACAAAACCAAAAGUCUUCUGGGCAGGGCAGUCACUUUGCCUGCAGGUUAUUGUUCUGGUUUCACUCUUAGACACAAUUUUACUCCUUCCCAGGACCUGGAAGUUGUACAAAGGGCCAGCUGGAAUCCAAAGCCAUCUCCACUGGGUACGUGUCCAGUGUGGCCCCAGCUCAGCAGAGUGCAAUGUUUGAAACCACUGAGCAGACUCCCAGAGGGCAACUCACACUGAAAACAAUCCUAAGAGACCAAGAUUUCAAGCCAUCAUUGAGGGAAGGCUUUGCAGCAUCAGAACAAAGAUACAAAGCAGCAUCUGAUGAUAAAUGUGAAGCCACUUGUGUUGGAGAUGACAAACCUGAUGUUACAGACCCUGUCAGAGCUCACUUGCAGCAAAGCAGAGAGAGA